GUCUGAAUAGAAAGUCCUUUUUAUUAAAGGUAUGUAGCUUGCUCUCAAAAAGCUUUGAAGUUUUGUUUUAUAAAUGAUCCUAUGUGAUCUUCAAAUAACUUUUGGGAUGCUUUAUAAGCUUCUCAUAGGCGACUUAAUGUAUGAUGAAGAGGACGAUCUACAGUCUGAUCCUUUGAGUUUGGGAAAGAAGCAGUUUUACUUAGCAUCAAGAAGAGAAGCCUGAAGACAAAGGGAUAUUCAGAAUGAUCUAUAAACCUUUGAGAAGAGUACAAACUUAUUAGAGCAUCUAAAAGACAAUAUUAAAAAUCUUAGUAAUAAAAUACUUUCUUAAGGAAGUAUCUGUCUUAAAAGUUCUAGAUCAUUCGAAUAUUAUUAAGCUUUAAGAAGUAUAUAAGGAUAAGGCUAAUGGAUGAGUAUAUUUUGUAGAAGGGUUUAACAGGGAAGUGCCCUCUUUGAUUAAAUCUGAGAAAAUGAAGGUUUCAAAGAAAAUGACGAUAAGAGAGUGUUUUACUCUAUAAUUUCAAUUCUUAUUUAUUAACAUAAGAACUAUAUCAGUCAUAGAUAUCUUAAAUCUGAUAAUUUCAUGUUUUCUUCAAUGGAGCUAGAUGCUACUGUAAAGCAAAUAGACUUUGGUCUGUCAAGUAAGAAUUUUAAUUUAAUGAAAAGGAGGUGAAGUUAUUCGAAUGGAGACCAAAGCGGGACCAAAGCUCUACAUGGCUCCUGAGAUCCUAAACCAUGCUUACUCAAGUUCAUGAGAUACUUAGUGUUGAGGAGCCAUUCUAUACCUUCUGGUAUCCUUCAAAAUCCCAUUUGAACCAACUAAAGAAUAGAGAAUGAGAUUAUAAAUCUGAAUUAUAACUUCGAUGAUCAUGCUUGGGGCACAUUUCUAAAAAAUAUAAGGAUUUGAUUUCUAAACUACUCAUAUCAGAAAAGGAUGGAAUUACUGCUAAGCAAGCUCUGAAACAUCUUGGAUGAAGAAUCUUCAUAUUAUAGGCAAAGUUAUUAAAGAUAAAACUAUUAAUAUGGAACAAUUUGAUGACUUUAAGGAAUCCAGAAUGCUCUAGAGAACAGUCCUAUCUUUCUUAACAUCAUUGGAAAGCGAUGAUGAUAUCAAUGAGAAGAUCGAUCUGUUUAUGAGGCUUGGUCCAAACAACAAUAGCUACAUUAUCAAGAAGGAGCUAAACAAAGGCCAAAGAAAACUUAACCACAGAACAGAUGAAGAAAAUGAUAAAAUAAUGGAAAAUGGAUACUGACAAAUAGUGGAGUUAUGAAUUUUAAUGAGUUUGUCUCUGCUUUAUUGAAUGAAGGAAUAAUUAAAGAUUUUAAAAGGAUUAAUGAUGCCUUUAUCUUUUUAUCUUGAUGGAGAUAGCUAAAUUGAUGAAGAGGAGCUCAAGUCUUCCAUGGCUAAGAAAGAUUUCCCUAAUCUUUGAAGCAAUGUCUUAAUAGAUGUAGUCAAGAAAUGUGAUCUUGAUGGAGACUGAAGAAUUUUCUACAAGGAGUUUCUUAUCUCA